UUUAAAGUAUUGCGUACAAUAAUAUUUUAAUAGCGUUUAUUCAUUUAUUGCACAAUAUCAUGUAAAUAUAUAAAACACGAAAUCGUCAAUAACAUUGGUAAUCAUCAUAUUGUUAUCAUCGGACGAGAGCAAACUCGGCAAACGGAAUAAAACCGGAGGGUUAAGGUUAGGUUACGAGCGACGAACACAGCAGCUGUUGUAAAGGAUCUAGGUUCUCGGCGGCGUGCACGACCGUCGUCGACGUUUUGAUGUGAACAAUGAACCGUUUUCGUUAUCGCUUCGCGGACAACACUGUAAAUAAGAUACGCGGUAUAAUAAAUCGACAACAAAGGCGACCGGAGACGUCGACAGUAGUUGUAGUCGUAGACCGCGAAACACGCUGAACAGUGAUCCGUUUGUUUAUCGUGUACGACGAGACGUUGAUUUUCGGGCGACAAGUCGUCGACGGCGGCGGCGGCGGAUGAGGGAACGCUUCGAACGGAUUCGGAUGACUGUAGGCGAACGCGAUUUUCACACACCGAUCGCCGACCGUCCCCACCACCGUUGCCACUACCCUGCCCGAAACCCAAGCGCUGUAUUGCGUCUAAACCGCGGCGGCGGCACGCAUCACACAAACCGAAACCACUACCACUACCGGCGGUGGGUCAAUCGCAGUCUAGUCCGCAACUCCGCGCCAUAUCUACACGUUCCACACACGGCCAAGACGGCGACCACUUAUCACGAUUAAGUCGCAAAAUAUUACUGUUACUACUUCGCCGAUUGCACCGUGAACAACGACUGCGGCCACCGACGUCGUCUUCCACGUCCGUUCACGUUUUUUUUUUCUCGUCACGCCGUCGUCGUCGCCCGGCGAGCGUAGUCUCGGCCGUGCGCACAAGUGUCAGUCUCCGUCACACGGUUAGCGCGAGCUGGUUCGCGUCGACCGCGCCGCACUAGCCCGUCGCACCAAAUUCGGUUUGCUCGCGCACCGUGUGUAGUCGUCUCGGUCACGAUGUGAUCGUUUAGCACGUGUUUCCGAUUCCGUCGUCGACGGCGUUAACUGUUUUGGGUAGUUUUCGCGUGCGCGCGCGUUCCUGCGGCGGGUACCGUCAUGCCGUUCGGACCAGAAUUUCAUUUGUCGGUGACUUCCACAACUUGGUCGCAAACCACGACUGAGUCAUUCUAACCUCCUCCCCCUCCACACCGUCCUCGACGGCCGCCAUAUUUGUUAGUCGUGUGAGGUGUGUUCACACUUGGUUCAUUUGCCGUCGAACCGCGGUCGCGCGUGUACCUCGCGCUCGUACUCUCUUCCUACUAGCCCGUUUUCUUCGCGGCAAUGGGAGGCGCCGACGGACCGCCGCCCAAAGACGCGGACCGUUCGUCUUCGAACGACGGUCCCGUUCCCGAAGACGAUCCAAAUCACUUCGACAAACUGCUGACGCACCUUCGGUCGUUCUUGCCGUUUCUCACCAAGGUGAUCGACAGCAGUGAACUGUUGGAAAUCCAACCCGAUCACGUGACCAAGUUGCAGUGUUUGUACGAACUGGUGGAUAACAAAAGAUUAUUAAUGGGUUUGGAUUUAUCUAAUGAAUUAUGGUUGUCACCUGAUCGUUUAAAAACUUGUAAAAAAGUAUUUUAUGAUUUAUAUGAUAGCUACAGUAAUCUGUUAAACUACUAUUUACCUGAAGAUUUUAAAACUAGUUGGAUGAAAGAAACUAAGUUAAAUGACAAUGAACAGGAAAUAUCCUCUGAAGUAAAAUAUACAUUUAAUAAAAGUAUUCAAAACCAAAAUAGUAAGUCUGAACCUUCCAAUAAUUUAUCAGUACCAAGUACUAGUAAUGAUAAUAUGGAAAACAAUCAACCAGAUUCUCUAAAAGAUUUAACGUCAAAUAAUGAGAAUACUAUUGAUAAGAAUGUUACGAUGAGCGAGUCACCUAGUAAUCAAAAUGUACUCUAUGACUCUAUGUCUAAAAAGAAUGAUCUACCCGAGUUUUCAGACAGUCGUCUAAGGCUUAAUAAGAUAAUUGGUUUUGCAGCUAAUGCUUCCAUAGAAAAACUUAAUAAGUCUGAUGCAUCUGUUCCACAUUCAGAACUUACUACGCAGAUUUUUAAUGAACUAAUCAAUCAAAAUAAUAGUCCAGUUCUCUAUAAAGAUAUGUUGAAAGACAUCAAUAUGGAUGAUAUUGAUGUAAACUACGUAAAAGAGGUAAUAGAAGGUAUUAAAAAAGCUAGUUGUGUGGGACCUGUUCAGCCACCGCCUUUACCGCCAUCAGAUCUUAUGGAUUUAGGAGCAUCUAAAAUAAAUAUAAUAUCAACUGCUGAACCAAAUUCCAAUGAAGUAGUAACUCAUAAUACUUUAUUAAGUAAAUCCACUACCAUUAAUCGUGCACAAUCAAACACAGAGAUGAAUAAAUCGCAUAAUGCUAAUUCAUCAAAUGAUACCAGACAAAAGUUUAUAUCAGCAUUAAAACCGGGUACAUUAAUUGAUCUUGAAAAUUCAAAAGUAAGUCGUACUUCAUUACAUAUUGAGUCUCUAAGACCAGCUAUCAAAGCAAAUGAGAAAAGUAACGAUAUUAAAACAUCUGUAGCUGACAUUGGUGUACCUCGUGAUCCAAGAAUAAGAAAAAAAUCUCUAUUAAGUUCUGAAAACAGUGUUAAUUCAAUUAUUACACAUGCAUCAUUAAUGUCAAAUGCACAAAAUACUUUUUCAACUAAUAUUCCAACUAUAUAUACUCCAAACAUGGACAAUUCAAAGGCUACAUUGUUUGAAACUAGAGCACAGGAAAUGUCAGGAUAUAAUGGUCCAAGUCCACCAAAUCAUCCAAACAGUCAAAUGUUAAAUAUACCGUUUUAUUCAGAACAUAAUGGUGGUAGCUCUGUUCAAUUUCAAAAUAGACCGUUAUCUCAAAAUCAAAACAGACAAAAUCGUAAUGAUUUUAAUCAAUUUGGUAAUUCUUCCCAAAUGCAUGUAAUUCCAUCCCAUUGUGAACCAAUGGUAAAAUAUUGUGAACCAGUACCAUUCAAGGUUCACAGUAAUGAUAUAGUUUCUAAGAGAGAUCCGAGGUCAUUGAAAAAUGUUCCAUUAAUAAAUAAAAUUCCGUUUCGUAAUUAUAAAGAAUAUAGAGAAGCCAAAUAUGGUAAAGAACAAAAUAAAGGUUUAGAUAAGAAUAAGCAAAUGAACCAAGCCCUUGAGAAAAUUGAAAAAAAUAAUACGAUUGAUUCUUCUUAUAAUACUUUUGGUAUUGUAAAUGAAACAGCUAAUAUUAAAGGUUUUAAGAUACCAAAAAUCAAACAUAAUGAAGAUCUUAUUGAUAAUAAUACAUUAAAGAACUCUAAAUCCAAAAUGUUUGGGAGUAGUAAAAAUAAUGUAGAUGUCUCAAAAACUGAAAAAAAUUCUAUAAUACUUAAAAACACUGAAUUAAAAAAAAGUAAUGGUUCAAAAAUGGAUACAAUUAAUAUUAGUCAUACUGAAAAAGAUUUAGAAAUUCAAAUAUCUGAAAAUAGUAAUACAGAUAUAGAUCAUAAAAUAAAAACAAUUGUUAAUAAUAAUUCAGACAAAGAUGAAAGUUGUCCAGAAAUCAACCCUGAAGAGAUUACUGUUGAUAUAGCAAGUGAGGUUAAUAAGGAUGAACUUGAUUCUAAAUUUGAACAAAAUAACAUGUUUGUAGAACUUAAUAAACCUAAAAGGACAAAGAAACCUAAAAAGUAUUCCAAGGAAAAAGAAUUUGAAAAAAUUGUUAAAGAAGCUGUCCAGAGUUCAUAUGAUGAUGUAUACGGUCCAAGAACUAGAACAAGAUGUUCUCUAUUGAAAAAAGACAAAACCUUAAAUACCUCAAAUGUUAACAGCCCUAAGCCUAAAUUUGAGAAAAAUGAUCUAUCAAGAAAUGAUAAAAAAUUGGAAUCUGGAGAAUGUAGUAAGAAACUUGAUAAUGUAUCAAUUCCAAACAUGCAAGAUGUUAGUGAACCAAUUGAAAUCGGACAUAAUAUUAUAUCAUCUACUUCGAAAGAACAAUCAGAAGUUGUCAAUUCUACAACAACUGAAAUCUUAUAUAAAAGUCGAGCAGAAAAUAUAGUUUCUUCUAAUGAGAUCAAUUCUACAGCAGAUAAUAACCCUAAAAUUGAUGAGAAAUUAAUUAACAUUUUGAAAAAUCCUAAGUUUAUAAGUUUAUUUCAAGAUGAAAAUAAAAUGGAAAAACUUAAUAAAUUGUUAGAAAGUUCAGAUUUAAAUAUCAAUGAAGAUAAAUCAAAAAAUAAAGAUAUAUUAAAUGAAGAACAAAUUGAUAUUGACAAACAAAAAAAAAGAAAAAUGAAAAAGGAAAAAAGAAAACGAAAAAAAAUGAAGAAAAAUCUUAGUGAAGAAUCUUCUAACGAAGAAAGUGUAAAUGACAUUUCAGAUGAUAGUAAUUUAAACCAAGCAGAAAGCAUAGUAAUUACUAAAAAUAAAAAUAACAAUUUAAAUGAAUUUAACCAAGGAAAUACUAAUUCUAUAAAUAUUCCUAGUCAUUCAUCAACAGAUCGACAUAAAUUAAAAUCUAUCAAACGUAAAAAAUCUAAAGAAAGCUAUGGAAAUUUUGAAAUUCUUAAAGAUAAAUGUAAACCUGAAUUAAAAAAUUUAAAAAUUGUUUUGGCUAAAUUUGAUAAAAGUAUUAAAAGAAGUGAAAACUGUAAUUCAGAUAUUUCCAGUACAGGUAUUGAUAUACCAACCAAUAAUGAACCAAUAAGUAUUGAAAAAGCACAUGAAAUAAAACCUAAAAAACCUUUUUAUGGUCCAUUAAGUGUUAAGUUAGCAAGACAAAAAAUGGAAAUUGAACGGAAGAAUUCUAAAAAUAAACAAGACCAUAAAAACCAUAUUAAGUUAACUAAGAUUUGUGAUACAACUGGUGAACUAUAUUCUAGUUUAAUGAUUAAACAACCAAUUGUUUUAAUAAGACCUUGUAUAAACUUAGAUGAAAUUACCUCUAAAAAAACGGUUGUACAGAAUUCAAAUAUAUCAACUGUUAUUGAACCAAAUGUUACUGUAAGCAAACCAGAAUUUAAAAAAGCUAGACUAUCAGAAUUAGAUAAACUUCAUGCUGAUAUUAGUGAAAUGUUUGAUUGUGAAGCUGUGUUAAAUGCUUCAAAUAUACGACAAUGUAGAACCAAUAAGCAAAUUGAUUAUGUAAACACAAAUGUAGUUUCUUCAAAGAAAAAGAAAGCAUCUAAUAUUGAACAAUUAGAUUCUAAUAAUGAUCAAAAUAAGUUAAUUUGUGGUACAGAAAAUCCAAAAAACACAAAAAAGAAAGUUAAAAAAUCUACACUUAAAUUAAAGAAUAAGAAAAAAGGUGUUAAAAAGUCAACGGCAAUCAAAACUUUACCACCAGUAGUUGUUAAAACUGCAGUUUUAAAUAUAACAUCUAAUGAACAAUCAGAUAAAUUAAAAAAAAAAAGGAAGGGACACAAAAAAUUUAAGAAGUCUAAUCGUAACCAAUUGAAUAAUGUCAUUAAUGACUCGGUAUUAUAUGAUGAAUCUGAAUUGAAUAAUGUGUCUAACAAUAAAAUAUCUACUGAAAUAAUACCUAGAGUUUUAUCAGAAUAUGAAUUUAAAGACAAAUCUUACUUUCAAACUGCUGAUAAUAUUUUGGAAUGUAAAUUUUGUGAUUACAAGGAUAAAGGAUUAAAUAUUGUUCUUCAUUUUAAAGAUAAACACAGUGAAGAGGAAGUAUUACCAUCCAGAUUGCCCACGAAUUGUGCUGAACCAUUAAUACUUCAAUCUAUAAAAGAGAAUUUUUUGUAUCAAGAUUCCCAAGAUAUAAAACCAUUUUGUCAUCUUGGACCCAUGAAUGUUAAUUAUACUUGUGUUUUUUGUCAAGUUAUAUUUUAUGAUUAUUUUAAGUUUUAUGAUCAUUUAACUGGCCAUACUGGAGAAUACAGAUUCAAAUGUAAGAUGUGUGAUCAAAUUUAUUCAAAUGAAGAUGAUUUAGAUAAACAUAUUUUAGAACAUGCGUACUAUGAUAAAACUAAUGGAAUUUCACAUUUAAUAUAUCCCAAUCCAAUUAGUAGUAAAAUAGUAUUUGGAUAUUUGUGUUCAUUUUGUUAUUAUGUACAACUUGAUUACAAUAACAUGGUCAAACAUAUGGAAUUACGACAUUUUGAUGAAGAUAAAAAAUCAAAUGGCUAUUGGACAGUUAUACGCAUUAGUAUGUCUAUGACAGAUGAAAAUUAUAUAGAUUCACCAAUUGAUUUUGAUAACCUGGUUGGAUGUUUACCUCCUAUUCAAGUUGAUCAAGUUAUUUCUGAGAGUAAUGAUAAUGAAGAUCAAAUCCAAGAUUUAAAUAAAGUAUCCAAACAAACACAAGCACAAUGUGAUUUCAUUCUUUCUAUUAAAAAAGAAAUCAUCGAACCAAUGAAUGAUGAAAUUUCACAAUUUUUACCAAUUUCAAAAUGUUCACCACUUUCAGUUAUUGAAGAUAGUCCAUCGGAAUUAUCUAUUUUUGAAAAUCCGCCAAAUUUAAUUAUUGAUAAAAACUCCCCAAAGUUAACUUUUGAUAAAAACCCUUCAGAUUCAAAUGUUGAUAUAAACCCUCCAGAAUCAGUUAUUGGUGUGAAUCAUUCUAAAUCAGAUAUUGAUAUGAAUUCUCCAGAAUCAAUUAUUGGUAUAAAUCCUCCAGAAUCAGUUAUUAGUGUGAAUCAUCCUAAAUCAGAUAUUGAUGUGAAUUCUCCAGAAUCAGUUAUUGGUGUAAAUCAUCCUAAAUCAGAUAUUUAUGUGAAUUCUUCAGAAUUAGUUAUUGAUGUAAAUCCUACAGAAUCAGUUAUUGAUGUGAAUCCUGUAGAAUCAGUUAUUGAUGUGAAUCCUCUGGAAUUACUUAAGGAUGUGAAUCAUCCUGAAUCAAAUAUUGAAGUGAAUCCUCUAGAAACUAAUAUGCUCAAAUUUUUACCAGAACAAGCUUAUCAAUAUCCUACAAAUCAAACAAGAAUCAGCACAGAAGCAUCCGAUAUUGACAAUUUUGAAAUCACAUUAAAAGGGAAUUCUAUAAAGUAUACUUUGGCUGGUUUAAGUUGUGAAUUGAUAAAUUCAAUGGCAUUAUUCAAAUGUUCAAUAUUAAAUUGCUCAGAAAAUCAAUUUUCAACUGUAGAUUUAAAUGAUUUUCACAAGCAUAUAAAUCAAAAUCAUAAAUUUGUGGUUUGGGAUGGAAAGUGCAAAUUAUGUCAUGAUAACCUGAAAUUGAUUUCUAAAAAAUAUUAUAUAAAAAAUGCGUUAAAACAUUUAGUUACGCAUCAUUUGGUUUUUAAGAAUAAAGAACAACCCAAUCAUAUGAUAAAUCCAAAAGGUUUAAAUCUCAACCAAAGUUUAUCUUCUACAAGCCAAGAUAUCAACAAUACACCAGCUAUGUUUAUGAAACAAAUUGCUAAUUGUUCAGUAGAACACAAUGAAAUUGAAAACUCUGAACAAUCUAGUCAUAUAUUUGGUAACCAAUGUGAAACAUCAGUAAACCCAGACAUUUACCAUGGCUCUAAUGAUGAAAGGGUUCCAUCUUUGAGUUCAUCCAAUUUGAAUGUUAAAAGUUCAAAAAAGGUAAAAGGAAACACUUAUAAAAUGAACUCAUGUGUAUCUGAUAGUGAUAUUGAAAUAAAGACAAUUAUUGAACUUGUUCUUCCACAUUCAGAAAUAGUUCUUGAAAAAGGUCAGCAAAUUGUUAAUAAUGGUGUACCUAUAAAUGGUAUAAUUUAUUUAAUAGAAACAGAUUAUAAAAAAGAUUAUGAUAAAAAAGUACGAGAUUUACCGAUAAAUGUGAUGAAAACAAAAUUAGCUUUUAGUGAAAUGUCUAUUCUACCAAGAUUAUUGGGUCUUUUUAAAUGUAUGGACCGAACUUGCACAAAAAUUUUUAAUUCAAAAGAAAUGUUUAAAUUACAUAUGAAAUUACAUUUUUCAAAUACCGAGAAAAAAAAAAAAAACCAAAUUUACAAUGUUGAACAGUUUAAAAUGUGUGCCUACUGCUUUAAAAUGUUUGAUGAUGAAGAAUCUUUGGCUAACCAUAUUGCUGAUAAAUACAGUUUUUGUGAAUAUUUUUGUCCUUACUGCUUCUAUCGUGCUUAUUCUGCCUCUCAUGUUUUGGUUCACCAGACUUUAAUUCAUACCAAAAUACCCAAACAUUAUACAAUAAAACUAGAAUGCGAUUAUGGUGCUUGUGAUUAUCCAAAAGAAACUUUAUUCAUAGUAGACUUCAAGAAAUUUGUAUUACCUUACAAGUGCAACGUUGGUUGCUGUGCUUUUUCUUGUUAUCUACUUCACGAAUUCAAAGAUCAUUUGAAUGAAAACCAUCAACAAUGUGAUCAAUUCUGUUGUUACAUUUGUUCUAAUAAAGAUGACGCUGCAGGAUAUUAUGCACUCCAACCUAGUGUAAUGAUUUCACAUUUCAAGCUUCAUAACUUAAAUAGAUAUCAAUGUAUUUUCUGCUUGUUUGGUAGUGAAAUUAUUAAUCCAAUGAUAAAGCAUUUAGCAUUAGAACAUUUUGAAUAUGAGCCUUUAUGCUUGGAGCGUUCUACGGUAUCUGAUGAUUGUGAUUCUAAAAAUAUUAAAAAUCUGAAAAUUUUAAGAUUGAAUAAAGUUAUUGAAAAUGGAAUGAUAGAGAUAAUAAACUUACCAGCAGAUAUAUUUUCAUUACCUGAAGUUUUGCCCCUGAAAUCUAAAAAAAGACCUAUAGAGUGUCCUGAUGCCCUUUCAGUAGCUAUGAAAUCUGCUCGUAUUGAAGGAUCUCAGCUAUCAGAUACUAUUGUUAUUACAGUUCCUGAUAGUGCACAAAUGGGAGAAAGUAGUACACCAUUAUCGUUAAACAUUGAUAAUGAAUUUAUUAUGAUUGAUGAUGUGAAUCAAAAUGAUAUGCAAGAAUCAUUGAAAAUAAAUCGUAUUUGGUCUGAGUCUAAAAACAAAGAGAAAGAGCCAAAAGUGUCAUCAACUGAUGAUAUUAUUGUAAUUGAAGAUGAAGAUGAUUUGUUAGAGAAAGAAGAACUUGAGAGUUCAACUAAACGAACAUGUUUAGAGCAAGAAGAAUCAAUCAAUGGAUCAAUUAAGGUUAAAAGAGUAGCAUUUCCAAUUAUUGAAUUGGAUAAAUUGUUUUUCUGUAAAGAGUGUGAAAAAGUUUUCUCAAAUGGUGACAUUUAUUAUUCCCAUCUUAAUGUAUGUCCUUCCUGGGAUAGUGUUGCGGGACGGAAAUGUAUGUAUUGUGUUAAAGUAUUUAAAACUACAUUAAACAUGACUGAACAUAUCAAACUUCAUGGACCUGAUCGUUUCAAAUGCUAUUUAUGCGAUUUGAAUUUACCAUCUCAGCGCGCUAUUACACAUCAUAUGAAGCAUAGUCAUAAAAUUACAAAUAUAGAUUUUGUACCUGAACACCCUGAUUUAACUGAUUUGGAUAAAGACGUUUUUAUUGUACUUGAAAAUAAAAAAAUUGAGCUUAAGGAACAAAAAAUUAAUAACUUGUUAAAAUGUAUCAAGUGUCCAUUUAAAGGCAACACCAAUAAAAUUAUUAUGUCUCAUAUGAAGGCUGUUCAUAAUGAUGAGGAAAAUGUGAAUUGUAAAGAUAUUUCAUAUGAUAAGAUAAUGCAAGAACAACCAAAUGAUACAAAUAACUUAGUCAAUUCUUUAAUACCUCAACAAAAUGAACAACAGAGUACAAGCUUGAAAAGAAAACGUUCUACUAAUUUUGGCAACCAGAAAGUACCACUAAAAGAAAAACCUAUUACUAAAGACAAAACAAAAAACCUAUGUUUUUCUCCUGAUACUAUUGACAGUAUUCCAAAGUCACAUAUAUUCUCGGAUCCGAUUAGCUGUUCAUUAUGUACAUACAAUACAAAGGUGAGGUCCAAUCUAGUUAUACAUUUGAAUGGACAUAAAAAAGGACAAGAUAAUACUACUAAAGAAAUUGUUAAUCCUGUACCUUCUAUUGGAAAGUCUGAACUUAUGUUUGACAAGAUGAUAAAUCUUUCUGCAAGUUCAUUUGAUGCUAUGAAUACUGAAAAGAUGAAAAGAGAUGAACUUGAUAAGAAAAUUGUUGAAGUAGCUCCUGAUGACAAUAUUAAUACAGAGAUAUUUCCGAAGUUCAUACCAAAAAAUAUGCGAUAUAAAUGCUCAAUACCUCUAUGUGAUUAUACAGGUUUAACAGAGGAAAGAUUAAAGACACAUAUAUCAGUCCUUCAUUCUUCCUACGAAUGUUACACAUGUCCACAUUGUUUACCACCAUGCGAGACAUCCAAAAUUGUAGAACAUUUAAUGCACCAUGGUGAAAAUUUAUAUAAAUGUCAGUACUGUGAUUAUAUUGACUUCAAUCGAGUUGAAAUGAAAACACACAUGAGAAAUACUCAUCUAUCAGAAAUAUCCAAUUCAGUACAAUCCAAUAUAAUUGUAAUCAGACAAACAUUGCCAGUAGAUGAUAGUUUUGACAGAGGUAGAAGCAAAGUUCCAUCUAAUGUGCCUCAAUGGAUAUGCAAUAUAUGCUCUACUGGUUUAAGAUAUACAGAAAAUGAGAUAACAUCACAUAUUUUAAUGGCCCAUAAUAUAUCAAAUAUGUUUAAAUGUCCUAUGUGUCAAUUUGAAAACAAGGAUGAUAAUCCUAGUAUAUUUGAAGAACAUUAUAAGUCGGAACAUCCUUCAGUAGCAGUACAGUGCUUAAGAGUUUUUGAAAUGAUUUCUGAUAAAGAAGAAUGGCACAAGCCUUUGAAAGGUGCAGAAAACUUUUUAGAACAGCAAGCCUUAGAAAGUAUUGAACCUACACUUGUGCCUCCUACUUGUCGAGGAAUUCCUGUUGAAUCAUCACCAUUAAAAAUGAACAAUAAAUUUCGUGGCACGUCAAAGAGUCCAAAAUCGGCAACUAAAAGCUCUUCAUUUCAACCUCAUAAACAGAAAACGUUAAUUAAUAGUUUUAAUAAGAAUGAUAAGUUAGGGGCAAUAUCGUCAAAUGGUCACUUUGUCUGUCCUAAAUGCGAUGUUUUUGAAACUAUUAAUAUAGAACUUUUCCGUGAGCACUUAUAUAAAGAAGUCAAUUAUAAAACAUGGAAAUGCUUGAAAUGUUUUGAAAUAUCUGAUUCUCCUAAGAAAAUGGCAUGGCAUGUUAAGAAACAUGGAAUUGGAAGCAAGUAUGAAAAAAUUGAAGAUGGAGAGAAAUUGAAAUGGGUUGAUAGAGUUAUUGGGCAUCAGUUUUUCUUAUUGACUGAAUUAAAUAAAAACAGUAAAGCAAAACAUAUAAAAAGUGUUGAGUCAUGUAAAACUGUAAUAGUUAAUAAUAAAAGGACAUCUAAUUCUCCUAAUAAAAAAAAAAAUAUUGAAUGCCAGGAAAAGGAAGUAUUACUUUCUCAGCCGAGCUCUGAUCCUGCAUCAAAUGACGAUAUCAUUAAUUUGGUAGAUGAUUCUGAUAACGAAUAAUUUGAUACAACUUAAAAUAUUUAUCUUGGCAAUAAAUAAUUGCCAUGAUGUAUCUAAGACUGACAAAUUGGCUGUUGAUUAAUUAAAUAAAAAAUGUACUAUCAUUCCGAUAAAAUUGAAUGUUUGAAAUUAUCAUUUCAAUACUGAUGUUAUUUGUUUAUAUUUAAUGUGUUUAAUGUUUAUAUCUCAAAAUUAUAAUAAUUAUGUAUAAAUAUAUUUAUAAAAGACUGUUAUAUUUAUUAUUUUUGAUUACCACCCAUGUAUUUAUUGUAUGAAAGGGCUUAUUAAUUUAUUUUGUAGCUUAAGACUAAAAUAAUUAUGAUUUUAUAUUUCCUAUAUUUUCAAUUACUUUGUAUAGACACUUGUAUAAGUAGAGUAUCGAACUGAUAAAAUUUACUUUUAAUGUUAUUAGUUUGAAUAAUAACGGUAUAUCAUAAAUAUUUUAGAACUUAGUUAGAUUUAAGUACUACUAUUUUAAUAAUUUUUUGUAUAGAAUAAAAAGUAUGAAUUUUCUAUUAUUUUUUAAUAA